CGUGCAGGUCACGCAAUGAGCGGCGAGCCCCUGCAAAUUCUGCUUGUCGACGACGGCCAUACCAUCGUGUUCGAUGAACGUGCGCUCGAGCGCACCCUGUUGGCUGACCACGUGAAAGACCGCCCAGUUGUGGUGGUACCGAUUGCUGGCGCAUACCGACAAGGAAAGUCUUUUCUGCUGAACUUCUUACUGAGCUACCUGAGGUACAAUGGUCGAUCCAGCUGGAUCGAGGACACGGGAACCCCACUCAACGGCUUCACCUGGAGGCCGGGCAGUACUCGCGAGACAGCGGGCAUCCUGCUCUGGAACGAAGUGUUUUUGAUGACCAACUCGAAGGGUGAGGAGGUGGCGGUUCUGCUAAUGGACACACAAGGUACCUUCGAUUGCGAGUCAACAAUGAAAGAGAGCACCAUGAUAUUCUCUGUCUCCAUGAUGACCAGCUCUGUGCAGAUUUACAACAUAAUGAACAACAUGAAAGAGGAUGAUCUUCAACACCUUCAAUUUUUUGCUCAGUAUGGGAGACUUGCUCAAAAGGUAUUUACAAUGCCAGCGUAAUUUGAGCGUUUCGGC